AUGUCGGAACGCAAGGUCCUCUCCAAAUACUACCCGCCGGACUUUGACCCGAGCGCGCUCGCACGGCGUGUCAAGAAGCCGAAAAAGGGCCAGCAGUCUGGGCCGGCGGUGCAGGUGGUGCGGCUGAUGGCGCCGAUGAGCAUGCGAUGCACACGGUGCGGCGAGUACAUCUACAAGGGGCGCAAGUUCAACGCGCGGAAAGAAACGCCGCUGGACGAAAAGUACCUGGGGAUCCAGAUCUACCGGUUCUACAUUCGGUGCACGCGGUGCAGCGGUGAAAUCAUCUUCAAGACGGACCCCAAGAACCAAGACUACUCGCUGGUGUCGGGUGCCAAGCGCAACGUGGAGGCGUGGCGGCACGCGACCCAAGAAGAGCAAGAAGAGACGGACGAGCAGCGUCUGGACCGCCUCGAGGCCGAGGAGGCCGAGGCCAACGGCGAGGCGGCGGCGGAGCAAAACCGCAUGGAGGAGCUGGAGGCCAAGACACUGGAGGCGAAGCGAGAGAUGGAGGUGGCGGACGCCCUGGACGAGAUCCGGACACGAAACGCUCGGAUUGCGCGGGCCGACCACCGCGAUCACUUGGAGACGGUGGCGCUGCAGGCGCGGCCGGCAGACGAGGAGGAACGACUGCGGCAGCAGGACCUGGAAGACGCGGCGGCAGCACGAGCGGCGUUUGCUACCGCGGCAGACGGCGUUGAGGAGGAGAACGAGGAAGAGGAGAUGGAGAAGGACGACGACAGCGAUGACUCUGACGCCCAGCCGGCAUGGCUCAGCAAGACGUCGUCGACAAAACCAAAGACCACCACACUCGACGGCAGCAGCAGCAGCAGCAGCAGCAGCAGUGCAACACCAAAGCCAGCAACACCGCCUGUUGUGGCUGCGGAGGAGGUCGCGGUGGUGCCGAGCUUCAAGCGGCAGAUUAAGAAAAAGAAGGACCACGCAUCGCUUCUGGGUAUCAAGAAGAAGCCGUCACUGGUGUGA